AUGAACAAAUUGUACACACUUUUAUACCCAACACCGACACCCAUAAGACAUUUCUCCCUCAUAACACACUACAUAAAGACCGCACCGAAGAACCUGAAGCUGAUAGUGACAGAGGGUGAUAGUGCAGAUAAAGCUCGCCUGGUAGAUUUCUACAGUCAGACGUAUCUGCGAGAUGACCCAGUGGUACGGGCGGCGGGCAUAGAAGACCUCGCUGAGCUAAAACAGUUCCUCGACACGAGCCUGAAGUCACUACACAGCGUACUGCUGACGGACCGGGAAGGCACGACUGUGAUGGCGGCGGCUAGUGGAGGCCCUGUCACCUACACCACUGCGGCCCAGAUGAGGCUGUACGCAGAUAGAGACAUGAAGGACGACCGGUCCAGGCGGUUGGUGCACCUCUGGGCAAGCAUCACCUCCGAGAGUGACAUGUUAAACCGACUGCACGUCCCGGCCCUCUGGGACAUCUCGUACAUCUCCACGGCACCCCAGAUGCGGCGGUACGGCCUAGCUCGCUUCCUGCUGGUGCAGCACCGCCGCCUCGCCUCCAAGCUGGGGUACCCCGUACUCUGCCUGGAGUGUACCAACCAGUGUCUGGUCAGGGCCGCCCAGAAGAUGGGCUUCCAGGGGAUGGAAGGCCGCUCCCUGGACAGCUACCUCAACCCCUCCGGGGAGUCCUGGAUCUCCGCACCUCCACACCUCCAGGUUCAGGUCUUCUACCGAAUGCUGGGAGGAAAGGUAGAGCCUGAUUUCCGUUUGCAGUGAUUUUUUGGUGCUUAUUAAACACAUUUAUCUCAA